GUUUCCAGCCUGGCGUCAAUGGCCAGCGCGCACACAUUCCUGCGCACCCUUACUAUUGAUGGCAAGCAAACAGAGGUUGGCCAGUGUAUUGAGCCCUACCAUGGCCCUGACAAAACUAGUGGAGUCAAGGACCCCGCGUCCGACGAUAUGACAUGUGGUUUCCCUGGCUCUAGCAAAGACGCUGACCUCUGCCCCGUUGAAGCUGGCUCUGAAAUUAGAGCAGAGUUUAGAAACUACGAUACUGAGGAAGAAGCUGAUGGAAAAUUCAACAUGGCCAUCGAUAAGAGCCACCAAGGGCCUUGCUUUGCAUACAUGGCAUCCUUGGAGUCUGGUGGUAAGGGCGACGUGUGGUUCAAGAUUUUUGAAGACGGGUACAGCUCCGGUUCAUGGUGUGUCAACAAGAUUCGUUUCUCUGUGGGUUUUAUGAACAUUACCAUUCCUAAGGAUAUUCUCCCUGGUGACUAUUUGCUGCGCACGGAGGUUAUUGGGCUGCAAGAAGCCAUGUACGAGUACGAAGCGGGCCAGAAAAAGGGAGCUCAAUAUUUCAUUAAUUGUGCCCAUAUCACCGUUUCUGGUUCUGGAACCGCUGAACCUGACGGCUAUGCUAUUCCGGGAAUUUACAAGCAGGAUGAGCCGAGUAUUCUCUUCGAUAUGGAUAAAGACGAUGCUACUAAGUACGUGAUACCAGGCCCUGCACUUUAUAUUCCCGGCUCUUCC